AUGCGCACGGCGUGGCCUCACACGCCAGUGCACAGAUCGAUCGCGACCACCAGCGCGCCGGCAUCGACGAAAACAAAGACGAAUGCGAAUUUAAUGGUUCCGCUCAUCGGCACUCUGGGCGUCGGUCUCGGCGCGUACACGGCGUACUCGACGCUGAAAACGGACGAUAACUUGGGUAAUCCAUCGAAGGAUGCGUGCGCGAGCGACGACGACGAUCGACGCGCGCGACGGUUGAGAAGAUGGGCCGAGGCGCUGAGCGCGGAGUUCCCGGCGGCAGAUGUUCGAGGAACCAAAGGCGCCGGCGUCGGAGUGUUCUACGUGGACGGUUCGGAGGGAAAAAGAGGGUGGUUCAGGAAAAAUCGUGUGUUGAUGACAUCACCGGACGCGGCAGUGGUGAGCGCGCGAACCGCGACGAUGGAUCCAAAAUUGGGGGAGAAGUACGCGGAUUUGAUGCGUGAUGGGACGCUGCCGGAUGAGAGAGUCGCCGCGAUGGUCUUCUUGAUGGUGGAACGGAGGAAAGGCGAGGCGAGUGCGUGGGGAGGGUAUAUCGACGCGCUGCCGCGGUCGUACGACGCCCCGCUAAGCUUGAGCGAUGUCGAGCUCGAGCGAGAGUUGAAGGGCACGAACGUGUACGACGCAGCCGUGGCUCAGCGAGCGAAGGUGAGAGAAAUGUUCGAUGAAAACGUAAGACCAGCGAUGCGCGGACUCAGCGAGGUGGCAGCGGCGAGUGGAGACGCUAAGCUCGCGACAUCGCUCAAUAACGCAACGAUUGAUGAGUUUAAGUGGGCUUUUCAAACUUUUUGGACGCGCGCGCUUGCCAUUCCGGUGAACGACACGGGCGAAGUCGUCGAGGGCAUCGUUCCGGGGAUAGAUAUGGUGAAUCACAGUCGCACGAAAGCAAACGCGCGAUGGGAGCACGUUGAUGACAACACUCGCCCGGACGGUGGGGUCAUCGCGUUGGUGAGUAAUGGAAAAAAACUUGGACACGGGGACGAAAUUUUCAUCGAUUACGGUGAGUCCUCAAGCGAGGCAUUGUUUUUCACCCACGGCUUCGUCCCGGAAGAUGAUGAUACGGUAAGCGACGGUAAAGGCGAACAUUUAGUUCUCUACGCCCCCUGGUCGAACGAACCGGCGAGCGAACGUUCGGAGGACGUCGCGCGUCGAAUCGAGGCACUUCGUCUGCGAAACCUCCCGACAAAUCGCGUCGUACUCCCGGCGCGUCCACCCAAGCGCGGAAUCCGCGAUUUAGAGGUCGAAGCCAAGGAAACACUUAAGGUUUGGGUUGCCGACGCCUUCGCGCUCGACAACGCCACGUCGUCGUCGUCGUCGUCGUCGGCCGUUGAUGACCGCUCCCGAGUGCGGAUCGGCGACGUCCUCCGAGCCGCGCUCGGAUCCAAAUCCGCAUCCCUUCGAGACACCGAGCGCACCGAAGAGUCUCAAACAGACGCGACGAAUCGUUCGAUCGCGAUUCGUCGAUACCGUUCGAGCGUGCGAUCGACCUACGACGCGUGGCUUGACGCGUUGGCGGACAGACGAAAGUGGUAA